UCCCUGUGCUGGUGGCCUUGCUAGUUGGUACUACGUUCCUGUCCUAAACUCAAUUAUCGGUGCCGUUGCCUUGUCCUGCUUGCAUUUGCAUGCAUGCUAAUUAAAGUGUUCGUUGCUGUUUCGUCGCAUGCACGUACAUGAUCAGGCUGUGUGGUGAAAUCAAACCAGAUUAGAGAGAGAUCACCGUGUCCGUCGUCAUCGGCGCGCGAUGCCGCCGAUGAGCAUGAGCUGGUGGUGGGCAGGCGCCAUCGGCGCCGCCAGGAAGCGCCACGACGGCGGCGGCGGCGAGCAGCAGCCGCCGUUCCGGAGCGUGGCGCUCGUGGUCGGCUCCACCGGCAUCGUCGGCACCUCCCUCGUCGACAUCCUCCCGCUCCCGGACACCCCCGGCGGGCCAUGGAAGGUGUACGCGCUGUCGCGCCGCCCGCCGCCGCCGUGGUCGCCGCCGCCGCCCGCCGCGGUGACGCACCUCUGCGUCGACCUCGCCGACGCCGCCGCCGUCGCCGAGGCGCUGGCGCCGCUAACCGACAUCACCCACGUCUUCUACGUCGCGUUGGCGGCUCCCCACCUCGCGGAGGCGCGGAGCCGCGAGGCGAACGCCGGCAUGCUCCGGAACGUGCUCGCCGCCGUCGUCCCGACCUGCCCGGCGCUCGCCCACGUCGCCCUCCAGACCGGGAGCAAGCACUACAUCGGCCCGCCGGAGUCCAUCGGCAAGCUCCCCGUCGAGACGCCCUUCUCCGAGGACAUGCCCCGCCACGACUACCCCAACUUCUACUACGACCAGGAGGACGUCCUCUUCGACGCGGUGACCUCCUCCUCCUCCUCCUCCUCCUCCCGCCGCGCCGCCGCCGUCACCUGGUCGGUGCACCGCCCGUCGCUCAUCUUCGGGUUCUCGCCGCGGAGCGCCAUGAACGUCGUGUGCAGCCUCUGCGUCUACGCCGCCAUCUGCCGCAAGGAGCGCCGAGAGCUGCGGUGGCCGGGCUCCCUCGGCGCGUGGGAAGGGUUCAGCAACGCGUCCGACGCCGACCUCGUCGCGGAGCAGCAGAUCUGGGCGGCCGUCGCCGACGCGGCGGCGAAGAACGAGGCGUUCAACUGCAGCAACGGCGACAUCUACAAGUGGAAGCAGCUGUGGCCGGUGCUCGCCGGGAAGUUCGGGGUGGAGUGGGCGGGGUACGAGGGGGAGGAGAGGAGGGUGGGGCUGACGGCGGCCAUGGCCGGGAAGGAGGCGGUGUGGGCGGAGAUCGUCGCGGAGGAGAAGCUGGUGGCGACGGAGCUCGGCGAGGUGGCCAACUGGUGGUUCGUCGACGCGCUGUUCAUGGACAAGUGGGAGUUCGUCGACACCAUGAACAAGAGCAAGGAGCACGGAUUCCUGGGGUUCCGGAACACGCUCAGGUCGUUCGAGGCGUGGAUCGACAAGAUGAAGCUUUACAGGAUUGUUCCUUGAUUAAUUUAUCUCAGGACGAAAGUACAUCGGUCUAAUACGGUGGCCUCGGGCAACCAAAGUAGUUUGUGGUGUUCUCUCUGGUCAUGCAUGGUCAAUGCUUCCAGGCUUCCAGCGUCAAAUCAUUUUGACCAAAAGGGGUUAAUGGUUUGUAAAACGUUUUGCUGUACAUUUGUCCAUUGAAUUUUCCUCGAAAAAUAUAUACUCCUUUUAAAAUAUUUCAA